GGAUGAAAGUGUAGGCCUGUAAGGUAUCCGGAAGGGGUGAUAUCCACGUGCGUGUGAGCGGAGAAGUGCGUUUUUUUUGUCUCAUAAUAAACUCUGAAGUCAGCGGCGUUGCGGUUGCAGCUUGGCCAAAAUGUUUUUGCAGUACUAUAUCAAUGAACAAGGGGAGAGAGUCUACACUCUGAAGAAAAUGGAUCCAUCCGGCCAGCCAACAUGUUCAGCCCACCCUGCUCGCUUCUCUCCGGAUGACAAAUAUUCUCGACACAGGAUCACCAUCAAGAAACGCUUUGGUGUCCUGAUGACCCAGCAGCCUCGGCCUGUGGUUUAAAUAUGAUUCCAUCCUGCUUCCCAAGUUACAAAGGCGGCGAGAUCAGCUUUGAAGCAGCAGAUGAAGAUGAAAAAUACCUGACGAUCUGCAUUCUGCCGUCCACAUUGUUGUCUCCCUGAUGUUUGCUGAUGCUUUUCAAACUUGACUUAAUUGCCGUCUAUGGUCUGUGGAUGAGGAAUGACUGACAUCCUGGGAGCGAGACAAAAUUAUUUUAUUCACUUUUUUUCUGGCUAUGUAAUUCUGGAAAUAAAGUGAGAUUUUUUUUUC